ACCAGCUUGUUCACAAAGACGAAGCCUUCACGAUUUCAAAUUAUUGAUUCGAGCGCCUUAGCAACAUCAUGACAUUUCAGUGUAGUCAAUGCUUGAUCACUGUCCGUUAAAGUAGUAGCGUUAUGUAAGUGCGUGGAGAGUGCCAGUUAGUUGGUGGUGUUCACUGGAUUCCUAAACUCAGCAAUAACGUCAUCGUCGGGUAUGAUCCAUGUUUAAUGUCCAAACCAAUCAAGCAAUCUGCAGUGAACCAAAGUUUAAUAAUGUCCAAACCAGUCAAGGAAUCUGCAGUGAACCAAGGAGAAAGAAGUGUGGUGAACUAUGGGAAUGUUGAUACAAUACGAACGGGAGAUCAAGUUUUCUAUUAUACAGAUGAUAAAAGCGGGCGCUGGCUAACUAAUCUGUGUGAUAACACUGCCAAAGCCAUCCAAUCAUUUACAGAGGACAUGAUAAAAAUAUCAGCUGUUGACAAAAUCACCGAAAAGCUGACAUCUGGUGUGAAAUGGAUACCAAUAACUGGCAGUCCUGGGGAAGGGAAGACAACUCUAGGCUACCUGAUCCUGAAGGAGAUGAAGGAGAAAGGAUGGAAUGUUUGUGUACUCACGAAACCGGAGGAUUAUGAUACAGUACAUUCAUUUGCUGAGGGAAAGACUCUGUUUAUGCUUAACGAUGUCUGUGGACCAUUUGCAUACGACCCUUUUGCCUUGAGUACGUGGAAACAAUUCAUUAUUAAUGUACAGGAAAGGAAAAGUUAUCAAGAUACAGAAGCCUAUAUUUUUAUAGGUAGAGAAAACGUUUUCAGGGAAGUUCGAAGACAUUUUGGAAAACAUGAGGAAAACAUUUUUGGUAGAUGGUUUAAUCUGAGUGACCAGGAUUCGUUUCUGUACAAUGAACGUAUGUACAUUCUCAACAUGCACUUGGAUAAAGGCAAAGUCAAUGUGAGAGAGCUCGACCGGGUUAAAGUGUGUUCACUUACUGGUCCACAUGGUUUUCCUCAUUGUUGUAAGAUGUUUGUUGAACUAAAAAACAGGGGAACAGACGUAAACAUUAUUGAAUUCUUUCAAAACCCUCUUGAGUUCCUGGGUCAAACUAUCAAAGUUCUUCUUUUGGAGAAACACACAAACAUGUUUUUGAAAGAAAUGAUAAACAACAAUGGGAAGUUUGAUGUUGAUGAAGUUGAAAAUGAUGACAAACGGGGAGAAAUGAGAGCUGCUGAGAGAAGUCUGUUGGGCAGCUAUGUGGAACAUGUUGAUGAUGAUGGUAUAACUGUGUUCACCCACCCUUCUAUAUAUGAGAGUGUUGCCUUUGGUAUCGGAAGGGAUGAUCCUCUGUUCAUCAUACAGAAGUGCAACAUACCAUUUAUCUUGCAAAGAAUGAGGAGGGAAGAUCCAAAAAGUGGCGUACGUUCAGAGGAUGAAAGCCCAAACUACCUUCGAAUACACGUCUCAAAGAAAGCUGUACUAAAGUAUCUGGUUCCUAAACUAACACGGGCCCUCACAAAGGAUUUUCGUGUUCUACAAUAUGAUAUCUGCCAUGAUGAAACAGUUUGCAAACACAUAUUUGAAGAAUUUGUGAGAACUUUCCAAGGCUUGCAUUCAAGUGCCGAGGUCACCAAUGUCAUAGACGUCCAUGAUGUAUUCGAGGAAACUCUACUGCUUGCAGCUGCGAAUGUUUCUAACCUUUCAUCUGUUAAAACAUUGUUAGAUAUGGGUGCUGAUGUGAAUGUCAGAAACAGAACUGGGCAGACAGCACUUCACUUAGCCUGUGAGGCAGAGAGAAUAGACGUCCAUCUUAUCCAGUUACUCCUAGCAGAGGGUAUUUGUGUCAACAUGGUUGAUAGAAAAGGAAGGACAGCUCUUCAUGUAGCAUGUGAGGCAAACAGCUUGGACGUCAGCGUUCUUGAAGUUCUUCUCCAAACUAAUUGUGAUGUCAAUAUCACAGAUAGCUCAGGAGAUACAGCUCUUCACAAAGCAUGUAAGGACAAUGGUGGAGACAUCUGUAUUCUAAAAUUACAGAUACCCCCCAAUGCUGACAUCACCGUACCUGAUAAUGAAAGUCGCAGGUCAAUAGUGAGAGUAUGUAGAGCAGGUUUAGAUGCGAGGGAAAUUGUGCAUCUCAGCACCCAAUCUGUUGACAUCAAUGUCCCUUAUUCUAAUGAAAUAACAGUACUUUACUUAUUGUGUGUCGGAAAUAGUAUGGAUUUCGAUAUUAUGAGGUAUCUGUUUCAUGCAGGCAUUAGCUAUGGAUUCGAAAAUCGGAGAGAAAGAGAAUCACUUUGCGUAGUCAACAGUGAAAAAAAAGCUACACGUCCAUUUGAAGCAAUGCCCACAAAAGGGGCUGAUGUGAAGAUAGCAGACAGAACAGGAACAACAGCACUUCAUCUAGAAUACAAGAAUAUCAGUAUGGAUGUCUGUGUCAUUGAGGCACUCAUCAAACACUGUACUGAUGUCAACAUUGUCAAUAAAGAUGGAAAAACUGCACUCCACAUUGCAUGUGAAGGAGAACGUGCAGAUGUCCGUCUUGUGAAGCUGCUGGUCAUGCACGGCUCUGGUGUGAACAUUGCCGACACGAAAGGAAAGUCACCUCUGCAUUGUGCAUGUCUUGGAGACAGUGUUGACGUUGUUGAGUUUCUUGUUGCACAUGGAGCUGAUGCUAACAUCACUGACACAAAUGGAGAUACAAUACUUCACUUGGCAUGUCGGAGAAGGGGUAUCAAGGCCUGUGUUUGUGAGGUACUUAUCAAACAUGGCACUAAUGUGAAUGCCACUGGUAACCAUGGAAUGACAGCACUUCAUUUGGCCUGCGACACUUUAGAUGUAGACAUUGGUGUAACCGAUCUUUUCAUACAACACGGUGCUGAUCUCAACAUUCUAGAUGAAAAGGGAAGAACACCUCUUCACCUAGCAUUCACAAACUCUCAUUCAGACUUUCGUGUCAUUGAGUCACUUGUGACUAAUGGUGCUGCUCUGAAUAUCCAACAAAAUGGAAAGGCAGCACUUCUGCUAGUUUGCAGUGAACAUAGAGUAGACGUCCGUGUUGUUGAGCUACUUCUCACACAUGGAGAGGAUGUAAAUGCUAUUGAUGAGGAUGGAAAUACAGCACUUCAUUGCAGAUUAUCUAUGAUUAACAGCAACGAUAAAGAUGUUAUAGAACUUCUCAUCAAUCAUGGAGCUGACGUCAAUAUCGCUAAUCAAAGCGGAAUUACACCACUGCACUUGACAUGCUCGAGAGUGGAUGCAAUGGUAUCAUUUACGGGCCCCGGAAUGUCAUUUCAAAAAUCAUAUGAGAUUCAACAUGAACAGGACAUCCAUGUGCUUGAGUUACUCCUGACACAUGGUGCUUAUGUCAAUGCCGCUGAUGGAUGUCAAAGGACAGCACUUCAAAGACAGUGCAGGUUGAGAAGUGUAGAUGUCCGUGUUAUUGACUUACUCUUGAAACACGGUGCUGAUGUCAAUGUCACUGACGAAUAUGGAACCACAGCCCUUCAUGAAGCCUGUGAGACUGGUGAUGAUUUAGCCUAUCCAAAAACGUCUCCAGGUAAUGAAGGUUUUGUUAUCCGACAGCGCCGAAUCGCAGAUAACAUGGAGGACCAUAAAGACACUGGUGCUAUAGAGUCGCUCAUCAGACAUGGAGCUGAUGUCAACAAGGUUGACGCUGGAGGAAAGACCGCACUUCACUCAGCAUGCAAAGACCACAGAGACUUCCAUGUUAUUGAGUUGCUCGUUAGAAAUGGCACUGAUGUCAACGCGGUUGAUGCUGAUGGAAAUACAGCCCUUCAUAUUCUGUGCAAAGACAAAAUAAAUGAAAAUGAUGAGCUAUCCAUUCUUGUGAAGAGUGGCGCUGAUCUAUACAGACAUAACAGAAAAGGUUGCAUUGCAUAUUGCGUGCAGGACAGUCAUCCUCUGCCAAACGAUGUUAGGGUUCACUACACCGAGUUGAUGAUGGCAAUACAGAAAGGUGAUUUCCCUGCAGUCCAUGAUCUCUUGGCGCAGGGAGUCCCCAUCAAUACCACAGACAGGUUCGGACGCACGGCUCUCCACUACUUGUGUCUAAGUGACCAUAUAGAUACCAGUGUUUUGUCAUUAAUGGCGUACAAACAAUAUGUUAACAUGCCUGACAGGUUUGGUAACACAGCUUUACAUUGCUUGUGUAGGCGAAGAGACAAAAAGGAAAUUGUAAAUAUGCCACGUCUUCUCAAGAUUCUCUUGAAAGCUGAAGCUGACGUGAACGUGCGAGAUGAGUUUGGUUUCAGUUCUCUAUAUUACCUGCAAGGAGUUAUGAGUUUGAAGAUGUUGGACUUGCUGAUGAUACACUGCAGCCAACUGAACGAGAACAUCGGCAACGGUCUAACUCUCAUGCACAGUAUAUGUUCGGAUGAGCAAUGGGAAUGUCUCGAAAGGAUCAUCAGUGAAGCUGAUGAUAUGAACAAACAAAGCAGCAAGACCCUGUAUAAACGAAAAAACCUCAAAGUUCUUCCACACGGCUCAACAGCUCUACAAUUGGCGUGCAUGUCAGCUACCAUUUCCGAAAACAAUGUGCAGAUGAUGAUACACAAGGGAGCAGAUGUUAACAUCAGCAACAAAAAUGGGCAGAUUCCUUUGCAUGUUCUGUCUUCAGCACUUCCGGACAUCAUUUGGAAUGGAAAGUGGUUACUGAGAAGAAGUAGGGACCAAGAGAAACUGCGCAUUUGUCUUCUACUUCUGAGGAGAGGAUCUGACAUUCAUAAACAGGACAAACAUGGCUUCACAGCUCUAGUAAAUGUAAAGGUUUUACUGGAUUCUGUCAACAGUGCAAUGGAAGGAAUACAAACAAUAUGUGAUGAGGUUUCAGCCCUGAUACAAAACAACAGUGUAGUUCAUGAUCUGCUCAAAGAAAGUGAUAUUGCAGAGACUGAUAUAUUUGGAAGAACAGCUCUUCAUUACUUGUGUCUGAGUCAGCACCCUCACCAGGCUGAUUUCCAACUGGUACCAUGCAAUACUGACGUCAACAAAGCUGACAAGUGGGGUAGUACAGCCCUUCACAAUCUGUGUAGGAGAUAUGACAUUCAGCGGUUACCUAAUUUGAUACAAUUACUUCAGAUUCUGUUGGAAUCAGGAGCUGACAUAAACACGAAAGAUGAGUAUGGAUACAGUUCUCUGUAUUACUUACGUGAAAUCAUGAACGUCGAACUCCUAGGCAUACUGAUGUCACACUGCACACAGCUAAACGAAGACAACGGGGAUGGCCUCACUCUCCUGCACUAUCUCUGUGCGACAGGAUCAAGAGAAUGCCUAGAGAUGCUCCUUGAUUAUGUCGAUGAUUUGGACAAAGAAGUGAGCCAGAAUGUCACAAGCACAAGCGGUAAUUGUGUUUUCGUUCAGGGUUUGACGGUCCUCCCGAUUGCAUGCAUGACAAAAGGUGUUGACAAAAGUCUUAUUGAGAUGAUUUUGCAAAAAGGAACUGAUGUUAACACUGCUGACGUCCUAGGGAAAACGCCAUUGCAUUACAUUUGCGAACAAUCAUUGGUGUUCAGGUGGAACAGAGCUUGGUCCAAGAAGGCUUUGACAUGGCUAAGUACAAACAACAUCACCGUGUACUGCUUCUUGUUGGAACGGGGAGCAGAAGCACAGAAAAAAGACAACCGCCAUCGUCCCCCAAAUGCAUCCAUUUUACAAAAUCCAUGUCAAUUUCAGCAGGAUGAAGAGGAGGCAGUGACAUUAUCUGAGAACGACGCAAAGGAAUAUGACUUCCUUCUUGAUGAAGAGGAAUUUACAUACGUGACAAAGAUGCUAAAAAAAAUAGCAGAAGAAAGGAUAUCUGAACCCAAAUUUAUUUGGGAUGACUUGGAUACAUUCUAAGAUGAACAAAUCCGAUGAAAAGUGGAUGCAAAAUAUGUACAGUAAACUACGGUUAUAACAAACUCAAAGGGAUUACCAAUUUUAGUUCGUUAUAACCGUCAGUCCGUUAUAAGCGUGUUCGUUAUAACCGUAGUUUACUGUAAUGUUGCAAACAACGCCGCCAUGUACUGCUUGCUUUAGAAACUGCGUAAACUCCAUUUGCUAAAUGUAUAGUAUAGAGUAUACCAUUUUGUGUAUAAACAAAAAUGUAAAUACAUGUAUGGGCAUUGUACUUAGGUGAGGUGAGGUGAAAUUGGGUUUAACGUCGCGUCCAAGAUUAUUGCACUUAUAUAGCGACGUGCAUGCACGUGUAUGUGUGU